CACAAAUUAUAUGUAUAAUAGGCGAAUGCUAUUUAUUGCGGAAGUAAUGGCUUCCUAAAUUUUAAUUGCAGAUUAUCAUUUUUUAAAGUUAUAAAUCUUAAGAUUUUCGAAAAGGACCGAAGAAUAGAGUGUUUUCGACGAUUAAAGUGCUCUCUAUGAGGAUUUUUGUUAUCCGGCUUCUUUUAUACUGUCUCAUACACCGCGUCUAAAAAUCUACAAAGAAGUAUUCCCAAAAUGAUAUUUUUUUUAAAUAAAUAAGUAAAAUUUGCCGGUUUCGACCAAAUUAUCAAUGAAACCCAAAGUGUUAUUAGUCUCACGUAAAAAUGGAAGCUGGAAUCUGAUGAGUUGAUGAGCAACGAACAUGUAUCCCAGUUAAUCACCAGAUAUUUGAAAGACAGUUUAUUUUUGAUAUGGGUGAUGCUGGCGGGACUAUGUCAGUUAGAGGCAAAUUUAAAGGAAAAGUUGGAGAAGAUGAAGAUCCGGAAGAGGAAGUUUGGAACAGCGAGGACGAAGAUGAAACUAUUGCAAGGAUACAACGCGCACAUUUUGCCCAGGCUGCUGCUAUGAACCCUCGGAAGAAGACUAACCAACGUCCCCGACCAAUGAGCCAUAAAAGGAAAAUGGAAGCAGUUAAAACAUUUCACGAUUUUACAAAGAAAUUAAAAAAGGACACUGGCAUUACUAUCCGCAGUUUAAUUGGUCAAAAUGUGUUAGAAUUAAGUGACUUUUCUAGUGAUGACAAUAACACUGAUAGUGAUGGUUUAUCAGAAGAAGAGUUUAUAGUUGAUCCUAGUGCUGCACAAGAUUUGAAUGAUGAGAAUGACAGUUACAUUGACCCAGAAACUGGAGACAUAGUUGAAGCAAAGAAAUCGAAACAAAUGGUUGCAGAUUUACCAGAAUCAGUGCUGGAUGAGUCGACGGUUCAUAAAAGUGAUCAGGAACCAAAGACACUCACAAUUAGUGAUAUAAUAAAUGAAGGUGGUUUAGAUUUGAUAAAAAAUGUUGAGAUAGCUGAGGUAGAGCAAGGCGAGCUUUGUUCUGAUAAAACAACAGAGGAAUUAUUAAAUAUGUCAAAACAAGAAGAUGCAAGUCAGGAUUUUGAAUUAACAGAAAAAUUAAAAGAAAUGGAACAAAUAAGUGUAAAACCUGUAAAUAGUGAUGAACAAGAAGACGAUGAGAAAGAACAAAGUGAAGAAAAACAAGAAGAAACAGACGAGGAGAAAAAGUCAUCAAAUCCUAAUACAUUGAAUGUUCGACGAAACAUCAGAGAAGUCAUGGACGAGAAGAACCUAGACGCAUCUACUCUUGCGGCACAGAGACAGGAGUCUGAGAGAUUGGCUCGUGUUCAGGAACAGCAGAGAAUUAUUAGAGAGGUUCAAAGACAGAUAGCUCUAAAUAGACAAAAUAAAAUACAUCAAAAGACAUUAUCAUUACUUCAGGGUGGAUCAUCCUUAUUGAAAAAGGGUGGUUCUGGACAAAAAUUAAACUUACCAAACACAGUAUUAGUUAAAUUACCAUCUGGUGAUGUAAAGAAGACAUCAGUUAAACAGGGUCAGCUUGAAGUAACAAAAGUAUCAAAACCGACUACAUCCGGGGCUUCGAUGCUACAAAAACCAGUCAAACCCGAUCAAAAGUCUGAGAAAAAAGAGGUGGUAGAAAUAGUUGACAGCAGUAGUGGUGAGGACUCCUCUUCAUCGUCAUCUGACUCAGAUGAUUGUAUAAUGUUGUCAGAUUCAGAGGUUCCUCCCAGUCCAGAAGCUGAGGAUGAUCCAGGCAAUUCUGGUCUUCAUGUAAAUGAUACAUAUAAUGUACCGGAUGAACAAGGACGUGUCCUAAUAAAUAUAGGACAUGCUGAAAAUGAAGAAGAUAUAUUCCUUGCACCACAAAUUGCUAGGAUUAUUAAACCACACCAAAUUGGUGGUGUAAGGUUUUUAUUUGACAACAUAAUAGAAUCUGUGCAGAGAUUUUCGACAUCCACCGGUUUCGGCUGCAUACUGGCACAUUCCAUGGGUCUAGGGAAAACACUUCAAAUUGUCUGCUUCUGUGAUAUAUUCUUACGACACACUAAUUCCAAGACGGUUUUGUGCAUCAUGCCUAUAAACACUCUUCAGAAUUGGGUAGCUGAGUUCAAUAUGUGGCUUCCAUUAGAUGCAACAAAUAGUCCACUAGCGGCACAUGGCGAAGUUCGACCUCGAAAUUUUCCUAUUUAUGUAUUAAACGACAGUCACAAGACAUUACAAAUGCGCGCUAAAGUUGUUAAGGAGUGGUCAACAGUAGGUGGAGUUUUAAUGAUUGGAUAUGAGCUGUAUAGGUUAUUAAGUAUGAAAAAAGACAAAAAACCUCGUAAGAAAAAGAAAGCUGACAAAAACGACGCAGAAAAAGAGAAAGAGGAAAAGAAAAAUGAAAGAUUGGAUGAAGAUACACAGGGAGUGCACACAAACCAUUUAAAGUCAUUAGAUGAUAUACGAGCAGAUAGAGAUGAUGGUGAUUUUUUGGGAAAAGCAGACACAGAACCAAAAGAUGACAAGAAAGAGGAUACACAAAAUGACGAAGACAAAAAACUCUUAGAUGAAAUGUAUGAAGCUCUAGUUAAACCUGGGCCUGAUUUAGUUAUUUGCGACGAAGGUCAUCGUAUCAAAAAUUCGCACUCAAACAUAUCUUACGCUUUAAAGCAAAUGAGAACAAAACGACGAGUCGUAUUGACAGGCUAUCCUCUUCAAAAUAACUUACUAGAGUAUUGGUGUAUGGUAGAUUUUGUCCGUCCCAAUUAUUUGGGUAGUAAGACAGAGUUUUGUAACAUGUUUGAAAGACCAAUUCAAAAUGGACAAUGUAUAGAUUCUACUCCCCAGGAUAUAAGACUUAUGAGAUACCGAGCACAUGUAUUACACUCUUUGCUUGUGGGUUUUGUUCAGAGACGUUCCCACGCUGUGCUACAGUCGACGUUACCACAAAAAGAGGAAUACGUACUUCUUGUACGAUUGACACCAUUACAGCGAAAAUUAUACGAUCGAUUUAUGAACGAAGUGGUUAGAUCUGCUUCAGUACCUAAUCCGUUGAAGGCAUUUGCUAUAUGUUGCAAGAUAUGGAAUCAUCCAGAUGUCCUUUAUAAUUUUCUGAAAAAACGAAAUGAAGUCAACGCAGCUAUAGAAGAGGAUUUAGAUUUGGAAGAAAUUGGUGGGGUCACUAAAGCUGGCCGUAAUAAAAAUAGCAAAGGCACACCAAGAAGAACGGCCAAACCACGGGGGUCAUCAAAGAAACCUGCAGCGACUAUACCACCGAAUACGACAGCGUCUAUACAGCCGAGACAAGAUACCAAUACCUUUACAGACGCGCCGUACCCUUCCAAUGGCCCAUAUGGACCUAACUCGUUUCCAAAUCCGUCUCCGUCUGAUCGUCCUGCAGCUGAUGGAGCUACUUUUUCUCAAUAUCCACCUUACCAAAACUCUAAUAGUGGCUACUUUCCCCCUAAUCCCAAUUAUAAUUCGGAAUAUGGAAAUAAUUAUUACCCGCAGCAGCCCCCAUAUGGGAGUAACUAUCCAAAUCAAUAUUCUCCAAAUAAUCCAGAGCAGGGUUAUAACCAAAACUUUUGGGGAAACAGUAAUUAUUAUGGUAAUCAAGGAUAUUAUGGAAAUCAGCAAUAUGGACCUAAUCAACCUCCAGCUGAAUUCAAUGGAAAUCCUCCUCCGGGUUAUAAUAACCCCUCACAAUACUCAUCAAACUAUAAUCCACCUCCAAACAAUCCGCCAUAUCCAGGGAAUUCCUUGCCACCCUAUUCGAACAACCAAGAAGGUUACGGAAAUCAAAUAAGGCCUCCAUAUCAAGGAACGUUUCCAAACACACCUGGAUAUUCGCAAUAUAAUGCUCAGAAUCCUCCACCAGAAUAUCGAAAUAACGCACCAUCUCAAGAAUUUUCAAAUCAAUCAUAUCCGCAAACAUUUACUGGAAAUUCUGGCUACGAAGGCAAUCCGCCUGCAGCUUACAAUCAGUUCGGAAAUCAACCUCCUAAUUAUCCAAACUACGCAAAUAAUAUUCCACCUCAUCAAAGUCAGAAUAGUGCAAUGGCUAACCAGCCCCAGGGAAAUAAUUCUUCUAAUCAACCAAUUGUGAAAACUGAAUGUACAAUGGAUUCGAACUAUCGACCCGGUGAGGUAAAAUCGGAACCAAAUGAGUCACCAACUUCGUCAUCAACACCUUAUGGCAAUCCAUAUGGUUACCCUCCACGGUAUCCAGAAACAGAAAAUCCAAACGGCAAUUACAAUUGUCCGUAUCCAAAUUUUCCUCCUCCACUUGAAACAAAACCACCUCUAUGUAGCGCAAGUUCUGGCAGUCCUGUUACUUCGUGGCCGUUGACGGAGACACUUAAAACGGAGGUUGAUAAAAUUAAAGCUGAAGAAAAAAUGGAAAUGAAGUCUGAAUCAGACGGAGAAGUAAAGAUUGAAGAUUUAGAUACGAAAAAAAUUGUUAAAGAUGAAGUUAAAAAAGACUUUAAUGUAAUGCCUAUGUUACAUAAAAACAUGCCAAUGCAAUUUUUUAACAAAUGUGACAAAAUUUCGAAGAUGGAUAGUGUGAAAAGUGAUGUGUCGGAGACAGAUGUAGAAACUACGAAAAAAGGUAGACAAAAGGGUAAACGGAAAGAAGAGAAGAAAGCUGAUAAACCUAAGCCCAGAGGUAGAGCAGCUAAGGCGAAAGGGCGAAAAGAUCGAAAGAAUUCGAAAGAAAAAAAUAACGACGAAUCAGAAUCAGAGGAAAGCGAAAAAGAGGAGAAAUUGAAUAAGGAGGAAGAAGUAGCAUUAACGAAAAAGGCCGAGGAAGUGACAUAUGAUUGGGCAUCUGAAUUAUUUAAAGAGUAUAUACCUGGUAUUAUAGAAAACUCUGCUAAGAUGGAGCUUUUCUUUUACAUUUUAAAUGAGAGUAUAAAACUCGGAGACAGGUUAUUGCUGUUUAGUCAGAGCUUGUUCACACUUAACCUUAUUGAAGAUUUCCUAGAGAGGAAUUUUAUUCCUGGUACUACACGAUUUUGGGAGAGGAAUACAUCGUACUAUCGUUUGGAUGGUUCUACCCAUGCACUGGAACGGGAAAAACUUAUUAAUGAGUUCAAUGCGAAUCCUCACGUGUACUUGUUCCUGGUAUCGACUCGUGCUGGAUCCUUAGGUAUCAAUCUAGUAGGCGCUAAUCGUGUCAUUGUAUUUGACGCAAGUUGGAAUCCGUGUCACGAUACUCAGGCAGUUUGCAGAGUUUACAGAUAUGGUCAAAAGAAGCCGUGCUUUGUAUAUCGGUUUGUAAUGGACUGCUGUCUUGAAAAGAAGAUUUAUGACCGGCAAAUAAAUAAGCAAGGAAUGGCUGAUCGAGUUGUGGAUGAGUGUAAUCCGGACGCUGUUCUCUCCAUGAAAGAGAUUACGAAUUUAUGUUUUGACAAUGAUGAAAAGGAAGCAGAAAUCAAGGAUUUAUCAGAACACAGAGAUAAAUACAUUGACAUGCUUAUGCAAGGAAUUAUAACAUUACACAGCAAGUUGUUAAGCAAAGAACCAUUCCAACAUGAAUCAUUGCUGGUUGAUAGAAAGGAAAAGAAAUUGUCGAGUGCUGAAAAAAGACUUGCACAGAGAGGAUACGAGUUAGAGAAGAAGGCGGCGUCGGCGCCCAAGCCGACGACGGCGUACCGGACGGUGCGCACGGCGGACGGCAGCCUCGUGCAGCGGCCCGUGGCGUCCGUGCGGCCCAUGCAGCACGGCGCGCGCUGGAUCCCCGCCGACGUGUGGCGCCGCCAGGGCAUGACCGCGCAGGAGAUGACGCUGCCCUUAGAUGUUGUUAUACCUACGAAUUCAGCGGAGAAAACUAAUAUAGUUCUAAAGGCGGGUCAACGUGUCAUGGUGUUGAAGUCACCCAAGGGAAUCUACAUGCAACUGGAAUCUGGAAAGAUAAUUGCAAUCAAAACGUCGCUUAAAGGCUUAGGACAAAAAGGUGCAGAAAACAAAGACAAUCCAGUUGGAAAGAAAGUUUUAGGCAAUCGACCACCUCCAGUCAACAUACCUGGAUCUCUGAAAAAUAACUCUGCAAUUACGAUUACGUCUAAAACGGGACCAAGACCCGGUUAUCACAGGGUUAUAAGGCCUUCAUUUAACAAAAUUACAAGACCUGCACUUUCCGGUCAAAAAAUCUCUGAUAUUAGAAACCGUUUAGGAGAAUUGCGGUCGUACUCUGCCAUGCGCGGUAAACUUUCCAUGUCACCAACUCGAAUGCUUCGACCUAACUUACCGGGUUCCCUGAGUAUUACGAAAAUACCUAAAGAAGUUAAGCGACCUACAACUGGUAAUAAUUCACCAGUCACUGCUAAUGUAGAUGAUGAGCCUCAUGUUUUAGACAGUGAUGAUGAAGAAGAUACGAAUAAAGAGGAAAAUUCACAGUCGCCAAAAGGAAGUGCAGAAGAUAAAAGUUUGGACGAGUCUAAACCCUUGUCUGAUAAUGAUAACAACAAGAGUGUAGAAAAAGAAAAUUCAAAUAACGAAUAUAGAGAACCUAUCGUUUUAACUACAGACGAAAAAUUACCUUCAGAGGAAGCGUUAGAAGAUAAAUCUCAAUCUGAAAAUGAUUCGACAGAAACCCCCAUGAAUUUACAAACUAAAUUAAAUGACGACACGCCUAUGAAUCUCGUUAGUCGAAGUUCAAGUAAAAUUAAUCUUCUGAAAAAUUAUAGACAUCAACGUCCGGUUCAUCGAACACCAAACGAGUCAAGUCUUAGUCAGUUGGAAAGAACAGCGACUGCUUUAAACAAAGAAGGUCUCCCCGAUUUUAGAAAGAAUUUAGAUGAUAUAACACAAUCCUACUCACCUGGAUCUGAAGAGAAAAGUAGCUCAUCAAGGAAAAAACGGUCACCCAGUAAAGUUGAUGUAACUGAUUCCCAAAAUGAAAGACAGACAAAUAUGUCUCACAGUGUUUCUAGUCUACUGGGUCCUAGCAACUUGACGAAGCCCAGAAUGGGUGAUCACUCGAUACAAACUUCCAUACCACAGAUACCACAACAACACAAUCGAUUGCCUAAUACGGGUAAUAUUGCGGGAAUCCCCCAAGAUCCUCAUUCUCUUGCUUACAAUUUAGGCACUAAACAUCAACCUUUACCGACAAAUAUUGGACACAGUGGCUUGAUUCCAAGCGCCUCGCCGUCAGUGUGUAACGAGCCGCCAGCUGGUCCCCUAAGAAGUGGAACUGAAGUUCCUACUGCAAUGCCUGCGAAUGUUAUGCCAACUUCUAGCCAAUCAUAUCCUACUGGUAAUCCUCCACCAGAAGCACCAUACGGUCAAUAUCCAGGUUAUGGAAUGGGAUACGGUGCGUAUCCCAACACUGCAUACUAUGGCGGUUACGGAAGUGGUUAUUAUCCGCCAUAUGGGCCCCAUGGCGCAGCAGCCGGGGCUCCAGCGCCAUUUACGGGGACUCCCCCUGCUCCCACGGAGCCCUACCUGCCGUCAAAUCCGCAGUGGUAAAGAAAAUUUACUAAGGGUCUACACGAGGACUUGAAAGUUAUUGUUAUCGCAAUUAUAAACUUUUUGACUCUUAUUGCGUGAAGGAAUUAUAUUAGAUUAUCAGUGAAUGUUUACGAGUGUCACGUAUCGACUAGUGAAACUGAAUAGUUGCGGUUGAUUCAUAUUUAUGUCAUUUUGCCAUUUUAUAGUGAUUUUUGUUUUAUAAAAAUUGAAAUAAAUCUUAAUGAAUUCGGACGUCGCCGUCUCUUUUUAUUUGUAGCAAUCUCCUGCAAGCGAUUUGAUUUAUUGUUUAUAUCGUAAGUUGAUUUGAGAUUGACUGAUCACAUUAAUUUAAAUGAAAUUAAUUUCCUUUUUGUAAAUUAUCCUUUGCUAUAGAUUUAUGGUUGUAUGAAAUUCAAAUAAACAUCUGAUGUAUCUGUAUUUACUAGAGAGUAUACGCGGAUUAUUGAAUUAUGAACAAAUAUAAUUUUUAAAUUGUGAAUAAUUAAUUAAAUACGUUUAGAUUUAAUGUAUGUUAUAAAUCUCAAUAUUUCUAUAAUGUAUACUCCGUUAGAGCUAAUGUUUGAUGUGAGUGCAGUAUUUCCAUUUCUACGGCUACGGAUCGGUCGCUAGAUGUGAUAUGUUGCUGACUUAAGUUUUAACGUGUAAGUUGAUUGUAACGUAUAAGAAGUAUUUAUCGUUUAACUAGCUUAGAUAGGUGCAUAUAAUUUAGAUUGUCUUAGAAUUUUUGGUUGUCAUUUUAUUAUUUUGAAAGUCAGUGAUGUUUUAACAUGAGUACGCAUGUAUUCUGUAUACAUUUAAACUAUUUAUCUUAUCUAUAUAUGUUUGAAAACAGAUUCAUGUGAUCCUAGAAAUUAUUUUUCCAUUUCUGUGAACAUAUCUUAUUUUUCUUUGGUGUGUUUUCAUUAUUUCUGUAAUAAUUGAAGCUCCCGUCGCAUUGUAAAACUUUGCAUAGGCGCUUAAAUGAAGUCGCUUAAGACUGUCUCUCUGUAAGCCAACUUAUAAAAUGUUCAAAGACUUAAGUCUCUGUCGCAAAACAUGAUGGUGUGAAUCUCAAUACUUAAAUAUUAAAGCAAGUUACAGUCACAACUUUAGAUGCUGCAGACACGAACCUUUUAGAAGAAGCGGUGAUCUAAAUUAUUAUUAAAAACUUCCAAAUGCAGCUUUAAUUUAUUUAACAUAUGAACUGUUUUACAUUUUUUGUGUUUUUGAUAAUUUUAUGUGAUAAUGUUUAUACAACAAACUUGCGACACGCCAGAGAAAAUUAGUAAAAUGUAAGGCUUAAAGUGUAAAAUGUUUUACGGAAAUUUCAUUAUUUUUAUGUCGUCCCGUGUACAAAUGUUCGAAGUCAUAACAUUGCAUUUUAAAAUGGUCAAAUAGUAAUGUACUGACAGAAUCAAAUAAAGUAACUAACAAAAUAAGA